AUGCCUAACACAUGUUCGGGUGGGCCAUUUCAUUCUGAGGGAACCACAGCAAAAUACAGUGAUUUCAAUGAAGAACAUUGUUCUCCUGGAAAUCUUACGCAGACUUACGUUACAUGCGCUAGUCACGCGCAACCACACAUCCAAGCUGAUGACUGCGGAGGACAAUAUUGUUGUGAAUGUUUUACUUUUCCCAACUGUACGAUAUAUCGGCAGGAUUACCGUGGUUGUGAACAGGAUCGACCCAACCCAGUCAGAUAUACGGACAGUCUACGUGUCGCAGACGCGCCUUUCGCUAAUUGUACUCUCUACCGCACAGAUUACCGAGGACAGGAGCAGCAACGACCAGAUGCAAUUCGUAAAACAGAUAACCUGACGAUAUCUGGAUGUCCGUUCAAUGUAUCCACAAAUUACCGACAAGAUUUCCAAGGAAGAGCACAGGAACGUCCAGACCCUGUAAAAUUACAAGAUAACCUUGAUAUCGCUGACGUACCAUUCGACAACUGCACUUUGUACCGGACAGACUACCGAGGACGAUCAGAUCAAGAACGGCCGGAGGCAGUCCGCAAAAGCGACAAUCUGACUAUACCUGAUGCUCCACUAAGUGCAUGUACGAACUAUCGACAGGACUUCAGAGGUAGAACUCAAGAACGCCCAGACCCAGUUAAAUUACCAGAUAACCUCAGCACGGUAGAUGUACCGUUCGAUGGGUGCACAGUGUAUCGAGCGGAUUAUAGGAGGCGGGCUGACGAAGGACGGCCGGAUGCAGUCCGUAAGCCAGAUAACUUGACGGUACCCAGUGCUCCUUUUGAUGUGUGCACAAAUUACCGGCAAGAUUUCCGAGGUAGAACACAGGAACGUCCUAACCCGGUGAAAUUACCUGAUAAUUUGAAAAUGAUUGAUGCGCCAUUUGCUGACUGUACACUGUACCGGGCUGAUUUCCGAGGACGUUUAGACCAGGGCCGACCACUUGCCGUUCGUAAAGCUGACAAUCUGUCUUUAUCCGAUGCUCCUUUCGGCGCACACACCAGUUAUCGACAAGACUUUCGUGGCAGACCACAAGAACGACCAGAUCCCGUCAAACUGCCAGAUAAUCUCAAGCCUAAUGAUGCGCCGUUUGACAGCUGUACUCUAUACAGAACUGACUAUCAAGCGAAGGACUAUGAACGAGCUCAAUCGAUUCAAACAUGUGACAACCUGACUAUACCUGAUGCCCCGUUUGAUGCAUCUACUAAUUACAGACGAGACUUCCAAGCCCGUGAACAAGAGCGGCCCAAUCCAGUCAAACUGCCAGACAACCUAUCUGCUGCGAAUGCACCUUUUGACGGUAGAACUUUAUAUCGAGACGACUAUCGUAGACGAUCUGAUCAAGGACGACCACAAUCGAUUCGCACUUGUGACAACCUUACACUACCAGAUGCUCCAUUUGAGGCGCACACCAACUACCGAAGUGAUUUCCAGAGUCGGGAUCAAGAACGUGCUUGUCCAAUCAAAAAACCUGAUAACCUAGCUUUCUCCAAUGAGCCAUUUGAGAACUCCACGCAGUACCGCCAGUCUUUUCGUGGUGCUAACUUAGAACGUCCGUCUAUUAAGAAGCUUGUCGAUAAUCUAUCAAUCCCUGAUGCACCUUUUGACACCUGCACCAAUUACAGGAAGGACUUUCGCGGCAUGGCACAUGUUAGAUCGGAAGCAGUUACGCACGCCGAUAAUCUGAAAACUUCGGAUGAUCCAUUCUGCGGUUCAUCAACCUAUCGGAAAGACUUUCGUGGCCUGUGUACUCGUCGCCCAGAUAUGAUCAAACAUGGCGAUAAUCUGAAAGUGGGCCCACACUGUUUCUCUACAUGUAUGCAUCAUUUUGCUUCCACCGGACGUUGCAUACCGAAAUCCCAACCGAAUACCUGUACUCCCUAUGAAGCUCCUCGAAAACCUCCGGCUAACUGCAUGUGCAAGUACCGAAGUGCAGCUGUGAAAAUUCCGGUGCCUGCAACAAUAGAGGUUAAAUAA